AUGCCUCAUCCAUCAACCGUCGGGCCACCACCCCCGGCUUUUGCCCUGCUCGGCCAAGCCGAACAAGACUGGGGGAAGGGCCGCGGUCAUGUCGCCAGGGCCUGCAAUGUAGACCAAGAUACCAUCUCCGAUGUCUACCCAUGCACCCCACUGCAGGAGGGAUUGAUGUCACUGGCCUCCAAAGAUAAGGGAGAUUACAUCAUGGAGGGAACAAUCGAACUCGCCUCGGACAUAUGUAUGGUCAGGUUUCGUGCGGCGUGGGAGGCCAUGGCGGAGGGACUCGAGGUGCUCCGGACGAGGAUUGUUUAUCCUGCAGCUACCAAUAAUCAGUCCAUCAUCGACCGCCUAUAUAAUCCUCAUCUCGGGUAG